AUGGCGGGCCCGAGCCUGCGGCCGCACGUGCACUGGGCGCAGCGGCACCGCGAGCUGUACCUGCGAGUGGAGCUCAGCGAUGUGCAGAACCCCGACAUCAGCAUCGUCGACAACGUCCUGCGCUUCAGAGCUCAGGGUCAUGGUGCCAAAGGGGACAACAUCUACGAGUUUGAGAUCGAGUUCCUAGAACCAGUUGAGCCUAAACCUGUAUGCAGGGUGACUCAAAGGCAGCUGAACAUCACUGUGCAGAAAAAAGAGAGUAACUGGUGGGAGAGGCUCACCAAGCAAGAGAAGCGCCCGCUCUUCCUGGCUCCUGACUUUGACCGCUGGUUAGAUGAAUCGGAUGCUGAAAUGGAACUGAAGGAGAAGGAAGAAGAAAAGAUUAACAAAAUGAAAAUAGAAUCCAGAGUCCCAAAAGACCCUUUCAGACACCUGAAGAAGGGCUACUUAAUCAUGUAUAAUCUUGUGCAGUUUUUGGGAUUCUCUUGGAUUUUUGUGAACAUGACAGUACGACUGUUCAUCCUGGGCAAAGAUUCUUUCUACGAUACAUUUCACACCAUUGCUGACAUGAUGUAUUUCUGUCAGACCCUGGCGUUAAUGGAGAUCAUGAAUUCACUGAUAGGACUAGUCAGAUCACCCCUGCUACCCGCUGUAGCGCAGAUAUUUGGAAGAAACUUCAUUUUGUUUGUUGUCCUGGGAAGCUUAGAGGAAAUGCAGAGCAAACCUGUGGUGUUCUUCAUAUUUUACUUCUGGAGUAUCAUUGAGCUGUUCAGGUAUCCCUAUUACAUGCUCUCGUGCAUUGGUAUUGAAUGGAAACCACUGACCUGGCUGCGUUACACUGCCUGGAUCCCUCUCUAUCCCUUAGGAGGCUUGGCAGAAGCUGUCUGCAUCAUUCAGUCCAUUCCAAUCUUCAGUGAAACAGGGAAAUUCAGCCUGGGAUUGCCAAACCCACUCAACGUCACAAUCCAGUUUUCAUUUCUGCUUCAAGUAUAUCUUAUAGUCCUGUUUUUAGGGAUAUUUGUAAACUUCCGUCAUCUCUACAAGCAAAGGAAACAGCACCUCGGACCAAAGAAGAGGAAGAUGAAGUGAAAGAGGACUGCAAUGCUUUCUUACCUAAUUUAUCUCAAGAUAAGCCUCUAAUUCUUAUGGUUUUACCCACUGUAAUGUAAAGAAUUUUGUAAAAUUCAAUGUUCACACUAGAUCUCAUGAUUUCAGGUAGCAUUCCAUAUACUGUAUUUUGUUCUUUUCAAUCACUGUAUGCAUGGCACUUACCACUGAACGGCAACCUUGAAACUUGUAUCCUGUCAACUACCAUAUUAGAAAUCCUAUUACCUGCAUAUAAUAUGCUUAUAAACAGUGGAGCAGCACUAAAUAGAAAUAGUGUGAAAUUGGA